GGGGAACGACAGGCUGAAUAAUAAUAUCACAGGGAGUCUCCCUCUCCAGUGCUCCUCACCGUCCACUUCUUGUCCCAUUGUAUUGGGACUGGAACAUUGGGAAUCGAGUCGACAAAAUGGAGUACUUCAAUUUUGAGGAUGCUUCCAAUGUCAUCCCCAAUCUGGAUAUCGAUGACUGCUGCUCCUUGAACGGCGAGACCAACCAGGAUGACGCCAAUGACUGCUAUGAGUCGCUCUUUUUCGAAAAAUCCUAUCUGCUCCCAGCGGCACGCCCUGCUGAACCAGGAACCGUCAUGGUGAAGUUAAUCAACAAUAUUGAAAUCGAGGCAAUCCCACACACCUCAGAUGCCGGCCUCGACUACCCCAUGUUUCGUUCCAAACAGGCCUGCGACCUCUGUGCCAGGAUGGGAUUGGAUUGCUUCCUGGCUACAAGAGGUUCCCUCGUUACGGGUUGCACCUGCUGCAUCUCAUUGUACCGAGAAUGCAGCUUUGUCCAUCCUAUAGUUCCCAAGGGAUUCGUCAACACCUUUCCUGGUAUCUCUGAGGACCACCAAGUCGAUGAAUACACCAAUACUGAAAAGCGAAAGACCAUGAGAUCAAUGGAAGAAGGGCGAGGCCGCAAGACGGGUGCUCGCUUCCCAAGAGAUGCUGUCAAAAUCCUGAAGCAGUGGCUGUCCGAGCACGCUGAUCAUCCAUACCCCAAUGAACGAGAGAAGGACGAACUCAAGCAAAUCACCGGCCUCAAGCGCAGUCAGAUUUCGAAUUGGCUGGCCAAUGCACGGAGAAGAGGCAAAGUCAGGCCCUCUUCGGGACCAUCUUCACCCAUGCUUGGUGCAAUCGACAUCCCGACUCAAACACUCGAUAACCCCGAUGUCGCUCACCUGAACCCUCUAGACAGAUGGAAGGCUUCGCCACCAGAAAAUGAACCUGCUUCCAUGACUGCUAUCGCCAAAGCCGUGACAGCCACACCUCUCCCAGUGCGCAAUCCCUCUGUCUCGAGUCUGCAUGGCUCAAGGGGUGGUUCCCGGGGUGGCUCCCGGGGUGGCUCAAGAGCUAGUUCAAGGAAAGCUUCAAGCGAGGAGGAUUCUUCAUUCUCUAUGUUCCGGGCACCUUCCGUGAGCAGUUUCGGAACCAAAGAUUCCAGUAACAGCGACAUGACUUUUGCCUCCUCAAGGUCGAAUCGGUCCAAGGCGUCAUUCGCUUCGUCGCAGGACCGACGACGGCGCCGAAGGGCACCCAUGACCCAACGAACCACCACGCAACAAACCAAGUCUCGAAGUGCAAGGAUAUUCCAGUGCACAUUCUGCACAGACUCGUUCCCGGCCAAAUACGACUGGCAGCGUCAUGAGAAGUCGUUGCACUUGGCUCUUGAGCGAUGGACAUGCUGUCCUAAUGGCGGAACAGCGAUUGAUGCUCUCACUGGCACAGAAAUGUGCGUAUUUUGCAGGGAAUCCAAUCCCAGUACCGAUCAUUUAGAAUCACACAACUUCACUGCUUGUCAAGAGAAAACCAUGCAAGAACGUACCUUCUAUCGGAAGGAUCACCUGAGCCAGCAUCUCAAGCUGAUGCACAAUGCCAAGGUGCAGUCCCACAUGAACACAUGGAAGAGCACAACCAAUGAACUCAAGUCAUCUUGCGGAUUCUGUCCGUCCAAGUUCACUACCUGGCAGCAGCGGGCAGAUCACUUGGCUGCCCACUUCCGCAAUGGUGCCGACAUGAGCAUGUGGGCGAACGGCUGGGGCUUCGAGCCAUACGUGGAGAGAUUGGUUGAAAAUGCCAUACCCCCAUACCUGAUCGGACACGAGAGGAUGACCAUGGAGCCAUACGUGGCCAGGGCGGCACAGACAACACCCUCAGCCGGUACCGACGCAGGUCUGACCAAUGGCACCUCUGCCGAGAGUAGCGAACCCGACCAAAUCACCAAAGACUCCAACUGCUGGGGUCGACUGGAGCAAGAACUGACCAAGUUUGCAUCGCAGCAAAAGGCCGCAGGCAGGAUCCCCUCGGACAAAGAUCUCCAGGACCAGGCCCGCGUGAUCAUAUACGAGGACAACGACCCCUGGAAUUGGACCUGCGCCGACAAUCAGCAAUGGCUGGACACAUUCAAAUACCAACAUGGCCUGGACGCCCCGCCAACGAUAGUCGCUCAGAACCUGGCCGAAGUACCCAUCAUGGCACCGUAUGUGAUCAAGGGUGGUCUGAAAGCCAAAGCCACCACGCCCACGAUGCAGAGGAAGAGCAUGUCUCAUGACUCCACUCCCGCCAUGACCGCAGACUAUAGCAGCAUGCCUGCUUCUGCCACAGCCACGACCUUUGACCAGAACAUGGACUUUGACUUUGACAGUAUCGACUUCAGCGGACUCGAUUUGGGGAUGGUGGACGACUUGAACUUCGAUAUGGGCGCCGAUGAUCAGACAGGCGGUGUCAUGGGAGGUGCACCCGCAGCUGUUGGUACAUCGGCGCCGUACUCGUCGAGUAUACCCACUGUAGACUCGCUUUAUGGCUCGUAUAGCAUGGCGCCUGCCAUGGAUAUGGGGAUGGGAAUGAACACGGGUCUGCCGACGCAGCAGAAGCAGCCCGAGGACAACCUUAUGACUGAACAGGAUCUGAGCCAGUUGAAUGGAUAUAUGGCCCAGUUCCACUGAACCAAAAACAGGAGAGAAAAGAGUGAAGUGAUAUAUCAACAACAUGUCAGUGCUGGGGCAAGGAGGCCUCUAUAUGCAUGCACAUAUGAGAGAUCUAAAAGGCGUUAUAUGUGUCAUGGGAUUGGCACUGAUCAGGCACAGGGCGCAGGAUUGAGACAACGUCAGGGAGCUUGCCUAAUGAA